AUGGCCGCUAUCCAGAGAUUCCCCGCCGGCCCUUUAUCGGAUGUACCCGCCUUGGGGCUACUCGUUGUGGUCAUAUCUGUACCCUUGAUCGGCAUUGUGCUCUACAACGUGUUCUUCCACCCGCUAGCCAAAUACCCCGGCCCCAGGUCCAUGGCCGCCACCCGGAUCCCGUACCUACUAAUGACACUCCGGGGUCGACCCCCGCAGGAGAUGAACGCACUGCAUAAGCGAUACGGGCACGUAGUCCGCGUCGCGCCCAACGAGCUCUCCUUCAUCAGCAGCGACGCCUGGAGGCCCAUCUACGGCACGCGCCCAGGCCACGGCCAGAAGCCCAAAGACCGUCACGCGUACCCGCCCACCGCAGACAACGUCCCGAGCAUCGACCAGUCCAACGACGCAGACCACAGCCGAUUCCGGCGCCUCCUUUCGCACGCCUUCUCCGACAGCGCCCUCCGCGGCCAGGAGCCCAUCAUCCGGGGCUACGUCGACCUGCUCAUGCAGCGGCUGCACGAGCACGCCCGACAUGCCCAAACCCCGCUGAACAUGGUAGCCUGGUACAACUUCUGCACCUUCGACAUCAUCGGCGACCUGGCCUUCGGCGAGCCCUUCGACUGCCUCCACAACGCGGCCUACCACGACUGGGUGCGGCUGAUCUUCAGCUCCGUCAAGGUGGCCUCGUACCUCAACGUCGCGCGCCGGCUGCCGGGCACGCAGUACCUCAUGCGCGCGAUCACCCCGAGACGGGUCCUCGAGCAGCAGAGGUGGCACGUACAGCUGACGAGACAGAAGGUGCAAGCCCGGUUGAACAAGACCAACGAGCGUCCGGACUUCUUCGCCAAUAUCCUCAAGCACCAGGGCAACACGGAAAAGGGGAUCAGUGUUCCCGAGAUGAUCACCAACGCAAGCACCCUCAUCAUCGCCGGGUCGGAAACAACCGCCACCUUGCUGUCCGGCGUGACUUUCCUGCUGUUGAAGAAUCCCCGCGUGAUGGACAAGCUCCAGCAGGAGGUUCGGUCCGCCUUUGCGACAGAGGAGGAGAUUACGCUGGACUCCGUCAAUCGUCUGGAUUACUGUCUGGCGGUGCUGACGGAGGGGUUGCGCCUGUUUCCACCGGUGGGGGUGGGGCUGCCGCGCGUGGUGGAUCCGCAGGGGGAUGUCAUAUCUGGGGGUUGGGUCCCGGGAGGGACGAGUGUCUCCAUCCCGCACUACGCCGCCUACCGGUCUCCGGCCAACUUCACCGACCCGGAUGCAUUCGUCCCCGAGCGCCACCUCGGCGACCCGCGAUACGCCACCGAUGACCGGGACGUGCUGCAGCCGUUCAGCUUUGGGCCCCGCAACUGCAUUGGCCGCAACUUGGCAUAUGUCGAGAUGCGCAUCAUCCUGGCCCGCAUGAUCUUCAAUUUCGACAUGGAACUAGAGGAUACGGAGUCGGAUUGGCUGGACCAAGAAUGUCAUCUGUUGUGGGAUAAGUCCGCGCUGAUGGUGAAGCUCAAGCCGAGGGGUCCGGUGUAG